AUGCGACUCCAUGGUCACUUGUCGCUAGUGACACCGGUCUUACGUUCAGCGGUGCUAACCUUAAGACUCCCGUCUCAUCGCUAUCAUGUCCAUCGAACCAUCUGCCACCAUGUGCGUCGUACUCGGAUGCGGCCACGUGCGUCGCUGGCAGUCUCGCAAGUCGAGCUACGCAGAGGCGCCAAAUCCCAGGCGACGAUGAAAUUAAAAGACCUCCCUCAAGGAGUCCUGAAGCUAGAGGCAUACGAUGAUGGGGAGGACGAUGCUCCUCAGUACCCGACGGUGGUUCAAGGGCACCGGAACAACAUGCUGAAAUUCCAGAAUUGUGUCGUUUUGACACGAGUCGGGGGCUUCUACGAGUUAUACUUCGAACAAGCAGAGGAGCUGGCGCCGUUGCUCGGUUUGAAACUUGCCGCCAAGAAGACCAGUGCCGGACCCGUUCCUAUGGCCGGCUUCCCCUUCUUCCAGCUCGAUCGAUUCCUCAAGACCCUUGUUCAAGACCUUAACAAGUAUGUGGCUAUUAGCGAGGAGUUUGCCAACCAUACGGAGGACAAAACACGCACAGGGGGUCUUCUCUUCGAUCGAAAGGUGGCCAGGAUCAUCACACCCGGAACAUUGAUUGACGAGAAAUUCAUCGAUCCCUCUGAGAACAAUUUUCUGCUGGCCAUCCAUCUAGACGUUUCCGCACUGGAAGAGCACUUGAAGCAGCACACCAAUGCUGAAUCGUCGCAUCAACACGUACUGUCCUCCGUGCCCCAGCAUGUAGGGUUGUCUUGGCUGGACCUCUCAACAGGUGACUUCUUCACCCAGCUCACCACGGCCCAAAUGCUUCCCUCGGCAAUUGCCAGGAUUAGAGCUCGUGAAAUUCUUGUGGACCAGAAUGUUCGGGAUCUCGUUGGGCAGGAAUUGCAGCUGUUGGUUGGACAUGACCAUCGUCUCGUCACAUUCUUUCGGUUUCCCGAGACCAUCGAGCCCAUGUCUCAAUGGGGCACAAUACUUGAAUCCCCCGUCCCGGAGGAUGUCCGCACGUCUUUUACAGACGAGGAAGUGGCCGCUGGAUACAGUCUGCUUGCGUACAUUCGGGUACAGUUACAAGGGUCGAACCUGAGACUCCAACCUCCGCGCCGAAGACACCUCCAGGAAUCCAUGAGUAUCGAUCGGAAUAGUCUGAGUGGUCUUGAGAUCUUGGAAACUGCGCGAGACGGAUUUGGGAAAGGCAGCCUGCUCCACGCUGUCCGAAGAACCUGCACCAAGAGCGGUGCGCGUCUUCUACGAGACCGUCUUACCUGUCCAUCAACGACCUUGCAAAUUAUCAAUGAGCGACUUGAUCUCGUCUCGGUUUUCAUCGACAACGAGAAUCUCCGUGACAGUGUAGUCCAUUUGUUGAAGCGCAGCUACGAUGCUCAGCGUCUGGUCCAGAAGUUUGCCCUGGGGAAAGGAGACCCGGAUGACUUAAUAUGCCUUUCCCGGGCUAUCGAAGCCUCCAAGGACAUCAGACAAGUCCUGGUGAAUCACAAGAGACUGGAGGCUGUUGAUUCUUCCAAUGCCCAACGCAGUGUCAACUCCAUGGUCUCACGGCUUCACCUUGAGGGACCUACUGCACUGGCGGACAAAAUUCUUGCGGCCAUUGAUGAAGAGGGCUUGUUGCAAAAACAACGGAUUGAAGAUAGCACGGCUGCCGAGGCAGCCAAUCUGGCACAAGAAGUCACCCUGAAUGAAGGCAGCUCGAACGAAUUCGAAGCAUUGCCUAGAAAAGCCAAAGUGAAGAUCGGUGACCGCGCUGCCACCACAGUUGUGGAAUCGGGCCCAGUUGAUAAUUGGAUCAUGAGACGCGACGCCAGCGAAAACUUGGAUGCGCUCCAUGUGGAGCUGGAGCGACUGUUUGAUGAAAAGACCGCUUUGACCCAAAGGCUACGCGAUUUCGUUGGAUCUUCGGCCCUGAACCUCAAAUGGACUCCAGGCUUGGGCCAUAUUUGCCACGUGAAGGGGGCGAAAGUAUCCCAGCAAUCGAUGGAGGAUUUAGGCGUGACGAGAAAUGUCUCUUCUACCAAAUCCACUCGGUCAUUCUACCUUCCGGCAUGGACGGAGUUAGGAAUGCGAAUGGACCAUGUCAAGGUCCAGAUUCGUCAAGAGGAGCAAAGUAUCUUUGAGCGUCUCCGCCGCGAAGUCAUCAUGAACCUGGUCAAAAUUCGCCGCAAUGCAGCCGUCAUGGAUGAGCUAGAUGUUGCAUGUUCAUUUGCCAUUCUGGCUCAGGAACAGCGAAUGGUCCGGCCAAUCCUCAACGAGGGAACCUGCCACAAGAUCGUGGGUGGAAGGCAUCCAACCGUGAAGCUGGGCCUCGAGGAGCAGGGCCGCUCAUUUGUGAGCAACGACUGUUUUCUCGGGGAUCUAGAGCGCAUCUGGCUCAUUACCGGCCCCAACAUGGCCGGCAAAAGUACCUUCCUACGACAGAACGCGUUAAUCACGAUCCUCGCCCAGGUUGGAUCGUUUGUCCCUGCCGCGUAUGCUGAGAUUGGCAUUGUUGAUCAGAUCUUCAGCCGUAUCGGCGCGGCGGACGAUCUCUUCCGGGAUCAGUCGACGUUCAUGGUGGAGAUGCUGGAAACCGCUGCCAUUCUCAAGCAAGCCACUCCGCGCUCAUUUGUGAUCAUGGACGAAGUGGGCCGGGGAACUACCCCUGAAGACGGGUCCGCCGUUAGCUUUGCGUGUCUGCAUCAUUUACAUUAUCGCAAUCAGAGUCGCACGCUGUUUGCAACCCAUUUCCAUGCUCUCGCAGACAUGACGCAGCAUUUUGAGAGCCUGGCGAGAUAUUGCACUGAUGUCAAGGAGACUGCUUCAGGCUCCUUCUCCUUCGUCCAUCGACUACGGAAGGGCGUCAAUCGUCAAUCCCACGCUUUGAAGGUCGCCCAGUUAGCCGGUCUACCCAAAGAGACACUGGAACUGGCUAUGCGUGCCCGCCAGGAGAUAAGCGGCGAGCUGCCACCCCGUCCUGUUGCAGGCGAGGUUCAAUCUGAGUCAUCUCCUGAGCGGCUCGACAGCGGGUCCAGUGGUUUGUAA